AUGGGCCGGCGCCCCCCUCAGCCGCCGCCGCCGCCGCCGCCUCGGCCCGCCGGCCAUGUCCCCCGGCCGCCGCCGCCGCCGCCGCCCGAGCGCGGCGCUCCCGCAGCCCGCAGCUCGCUGAGCGCGGGCCCGUGCUGCCGCUCGCCCGCCCCGGGGCCCCCUUGUUCUCCGCGCCGCCGCCGCCGCCAUGUUGGGUUUAGAGCCGCAGCGGAGCCGCCGCCGCCGCCGCGGGUGAGGGAGGCCGAGAGCGGAGCCCGCCCCGCCUCGGAGCCCGGCCUCUCCCCGCCAGCCGCCUUCCCGGCCCGCCGUGCGAGCCCGCCCGCGAGCGAGCUAGCAAGCUCCGGGCCCCGGCUGCGCCUUCCGCUCCCUGCGCGAGCGAGCGAGCGAGCCCGCCGCCGCGGGGUCGGCCACUGCCUGCGGCGGAGCCCACGAGCGUCAGCGCCAUGGCGGAGCAGACCUACUCGUGGGUGUUGCCUCCCAUGUUGGAAGAAACCCCCAAAUGCAGAAGACUCACACAGGCCUUGGUUCAGAGGAGGCCUCUGGCCACGAAACAGUGCUGUGCCAAAUGAAAAUUCCAAUGAAGAUUGCUAUCGAGUCAUAAUGGAGGUGGUAUCCAUUGAUGAGGGAGAAGACCCAAAAAAUUACAUUGUUAAGGUAGCCUCUGCAGCAAAUGAGAAAUUUCCCCCAAAUGACAUGGUGGAGUUCAUUUAUGGAGAAAGCAUGGGUCAGGAGGCCCCAUCAAAAGCCAUGGAGGAUUCAAGAGGAUCCAUAAUUGGUUGGACAUGGAGCAAAGAUUAUGAUUCAAGCUGUGACGAGGAAGAGCCUCCAGGCCACAUCAUCACCAUCAUGGCCAUGGUCCACAGAGAAAACAUAGAAAGUGAUUCAGAGGAUGAGAAGGAGGAAAAAAGGACAAGAAAUCUGCAAACCACAUAAGACACCUGGGAGAGCAGAGAUUUUGGCCCUGAGGCACAGGAGAGAUGAUACCUGCAGUGCACAGCAGCUGAAAUUAACCUGUAAGACUCGGAGCAGGAGCUUGUUUUUCGUUUCCAAAGACAUAACUGUCUAUAUUGUAUGGAAUUUGCAGACUUAUAUGUUCUUUGUUUAAUAAUUUUAAUAUUAGUAAUUCAUGGUAAAUUUUUAUAUUAAAUUAUAUUUACUUGGUAACAGUUGCUUUUUAAAUUCAUUCUGUAAAAUAAAACACACUUGGGAAGAGAGGUGGGAGGGAAAGUGAGGGAGAAGUGGAAUUGCACGGAAGAUGGAAGGAGACCCUCAUCGUUAUACAGAAUACAUGUAUGAUGAUGUGAGGGAAAAAAAGAAGUGUGUCACAUUAGAUUGGGUAGAGAGAACUGAUGGGAGGGGAGGGGAGGGGAAGGAGGGAAAGGAAGGUCAGCAGAAUAAAAUAGACAUUAGUAUUGCUGUAUGUAUAUACAUGACUGCAUGACCAAUGUGAUUCUGCAACCUGUACACUCAGAAAAAUGAGAAAUUAUACCCCAUCUUAUUAAAAAAUAUGAUAUGUCAAGAUCAUUGUACUGUCAUGUUUAACUAAUUAAAACAAAUUUUAAAAACA